AUGCGGCCAAAACAAUUAAACAUGGCUGUCGUUGGUUUCCGACGGUGGGCCCAAGCCCUUUCGAAGGGGCGAGGGUCCGAAAUUUCGGCUCUUCUUUCCGGAUCUAGGGCUGCAUCUGGUGCUUCAAAAGCUGAUCUACCAGGCGCAUACCCUAAAACUCCAGAGGAAAGAGCAGCUGCUGCUAAGAAGUACAACAUGAGGGUUGAGGACUAUGAGCCCUAUCCAGACAAUGGAGAGGGCUUUGGUGAUUAUCCUAAACUUCCAGAUAGAUCUCAGCAUGAGAGAGAUCCCUGGUAUCAGUGGGACCACCCUGAUCUGAGGAGGAAUUUUGGGGAGCCGCUACACUGGGAUUUCGACAUGUACAUCAGGAACCGUGUGGAUACAUCUCCCAGCCCUGUGCCCUGGGACAGAAUGUGCAAGCAGCUGUUUGGUUUCAUCGGGUUCAUGCUGUUCAUGUUCUACAUCGGGGAGAAGUUUCCAUACUACCGCCCUGUUGCACCGAAACAAUAUCCGUACAACAACCUGUAUCUGGAAAAGGGUGGAGAUCCUGAAAAACAGCCCGAAGAAGUCAAGAAUUAUGAAAUCUGA